UUAGUAUUUUGUUUCGUGUCCAUUCUUACGUAUGAGUUCAAUUAGACGAUUUUGCAUGGAAUUGACUAAAGUUUCUAAUAUCUGUAUUGAUAAUUCAAGCUCUUUAAUGGAUGAGCAUUUACGACCUCGACUAUAUACUCGACGGGCAAGUAUUCCCCAUAGAUUCUCUAUUGAGUUCAUGUCGGGUGAUCUGCUUGGCCAGUCGAGAACAACGAUAUUUUUGUUACUAAACCAUUCCAUAGUCUUUUUACUUUUAUGAAUUGAAGCAUUAUUUUGGAGAAAAGUGAAGUCACCAUCCAUAAAAUCGUCCGUAAAUGGAAUUAAAACAUCGUCCAUGAGCUGAAUAUAGUUGUCUGAGUUCAUCCGAGUAGUAACUUUUGCAAUCGGGGUCUUAACAUGCAUUGAGAAUGCUGCCUAAACCAUUAAAGAGCCACCACCAAAAUUUCUAGAGUAGUUGAAUUGCUUUUCGUUUUUUAAUCGUCCCAGUAGUUUUGAGAUCCUUCAGGUCCAUCAAGAUUAAAUUUUUUCUCAUCUGAAAAGACCACAUUUGU